AUGACAAACGCGACGGCGAGGGAACGCAACAAGGCUGCGGUGCAGCGACUCUUUGCGAGGGGUCGUUCGUCGCCGGCACCGUGGACGUGUCCCCCUGUGCGCUGCGCCGAUGGAACGCUCCUACCGGACAUGCGACUGAGCAAACAGUGGCAGCUCGCACA